GGCUCUAAGUUGGAACUGUUUUAUGCUAUCGUCAAUAUCCUUACUUCCACUUGACCACCUUGUUGUUAUGUCAGGGUCGCAUGUUAGACACCAUGCUGGUUACGUGUUAUCUUCAUUACAAUGCGCACAUUUCCCAUAUUUAGA